UUUGGUACUAAGAGAACCAACGACCGGAGCAGCAUAAGCAACUUGGAGCUUGGAACUUGAGAUUGAAGAAGCCAUGAAAUUGACUUUGGUGCUAUUGGCCCUCGUGGGCUGUGUAGCCGCUUUCAGCGUGCCUACCACCCACAAUGUGAAGGUCGCCGACAAGGAAUUCCUCGAAAAGCAAAAGUUCCUGCUCGAGAUUGUCUACCGUUGUGAGGAUCCCCUGAUGUUCGAGGAAUACAUUAAGCUAGGACACAAAUUCGUUGUGGACAAGUCUAUGUACAGCAUGUUCACCCAUGAAAUGGAGAAGUUCUACGAGUCCUACAAGAUGGGUGCUCUGCUUCCUAAGGGCGAAUUCUUCGGCGCCUUGGUGAAGACCCACCACAAGCAGGCUUAUGGUCUCUUCAACUUCUUCUACUAUGCCAAGAACUUCGAGAUCUUCAAGCAGAACGUUGCCUGGGCUCGCAUGCACGUGAACGAGGGCAUGUUCAUCUAUGCCUUGACUUUGGCUGUCAUCCAUAAGCCCGAAUUCGAGGGUUUGGCUCUGCCCAUGAUCUACGAAAUCUUCCCACAGUACUUCUUCAACAGCAAGUUCGUCUAUGAGGCUGAGAAGUUCGAUUACGAUGUCUGGAGCAAGUACAUUAUGUACGAGAAGGAAUACAAGGAUAUACUGUACAAGGAUGUUAGCGAAUUCCAUGACAACUUCUACUUCUACACCAAGGACUGGAAGACAUGGCAGUGGUGGAAGAUGAUGGGUCUGGGCGAGCACUGGUACGUUGAGGAUAAGUACUUCCUGCGGGAGAACAUUGCCACCUACAACAAGGAUCCCAAAUACGUUGACAUCAUGAAGGGCUUGACCAAGUUCUACAUGCCUGUGGACUAUACCCGUGACAUUUCAUUCUUCAACCACGAGACCCAGAUGAGCUACUUCACCGAAGAUCUUGGCUGGAACUCCUUCUGGUACUAUCUGAAUUUGGAUUACGCUUUCUUCCUCGAUGGCAAGCAGUUCGGUUUGGAGAAGGAUCGUCGUGGCGAAUUCUGGAUCUACAAUGUGCAGCAAAUUCUGGCCCGUUACUACCAGGAGCGUUUGUCCAACGGCUUGGGUGAGAUUCCAGAGUACUUCUGGUACAAACAGCUGGAAUUCGGCUAUGAUCCUCAGCUCAUCUACUACAACGGUGUUGGCUUCAGCUACCGCAAGAACUACUUCGAGUAUGAGACCUAUGGCAACUUCGAGAUGCUCUCCCAAAUCCAGCACUUCUUCGAGCGCAUCAACAACGUUCUCGACUCUGGCUACUACAAGACCGCUGAUGGCGUUGUUAUCGAUCUGCACAAGCCCGAGGCUGUCAAGUUCAUUGGCAACUAUCUGCAGGGUAAUGUUGAUACUUAUGACAAGUACUUCUUCAACUACUACUACGUGCUGUCGCAUAUGUACUUCGCUGAUGUGGAUUACUUUGAUAUGGAUGUCUUCCCACAUGUGUUCCUCAACUUCGAGACCAUGAUGCGCGAUCCCUUCUUCUAUACCUUCUACAAGAAGUUCGCUGAUGUCUUCUACAAGUUCAAGUACAACCUGACUCCCUACACCCAUGAGGAUCUGCACUUCGAGGACAUUCACAUCAAGGAUGUGACCGUCAGCAAGCUGGUCACCUACUUCGACAUUGUUGACUUUGAUACCACCAAUCUGCUCAACGACAAGAUGACCUUCGUCGAUGGCAAGUUUGUCUGGGACAAGACCCUGAUGGCUCGCCAGGCCCGCCUCAACCAGAGCCCUUCGAGUUCGACUUUCAACAUUGACUGCAAGACCGCCCAAAAGGGUGUUGUGCGCAUCUUCCUGGGACCCAAGUUCGACGAAUACGGUCGCAUCAUCCCACUGAAGUACAACGCACAGAACUUUGUGCAAAUCGACAGCUUUGUCUAUCCCUUCGUUGCCGGCCACAACACCAUCAAGCGCACCUCCAAGGAAUUCACCUGGACCGCUGAGGAUCGCAUUACCUACACCGAACUGUACAAGUAUGUCAUGCUCGCCCAUGAGGGUACCUAUGACUUCCCCUUGGACAUGACCGAGCCACACAACGCCUUCCCCGAUCGUCUGGUCCUGCCCCGCGGCUGGGAACAUGGCAUGCCCAUGCAGUUCUACUUCUUCGUCUCGCCCUACAGCGAGGAGUACGAGCAGUUCUCCAACUUCGACUACACCUACUCCUCAGGCGUUGGCUCCGGCACUCGCUUCGUGGACAGCAAGCCAUUCGGCUAUCCCUUCGAUCGCAAUGUCGAUGAGUACAGCUACUUUGUCUCCAACGGCCUGUUCAAGGAUGUCAAGAUCUACUUUGUCGAUCACUUUGCCAAGUACUUCGAGAAGAAGUAUGCCAACUUCGGCAUGUUCGACUACUCCGUGGAGUACUAAACGACUUUCGAUUUAACUUUUAAGUAAUUGCAAAAAAAAACUAAAAAAAAAA